CGUGGACGAGGACCGGCUGACUCGCUCGGCCGCAUCUGGCCGCAUCAUCGCUCGUGUUCGCGCGCGCACAGCAUGGAGGUGUCCUGAUUCCCUCGAUGAGGCACGGAGUACGGAGCAACGACGUUGAGGCACGCACAAAAGUGCACCGUCAACUCACUGUUAGUGAACUUUGGAACUUCGCACUUUGAUCGCAUCCGUAUUCAACACCUGGCACAUGCACGGCUCUUUUAUCCGCACGCACGCUUCCUCUUGUCAGGAACGCUGAAUUCAGGGAAAGAAACCAAACAUUUAUGUUUUCUAUGAAGCAUAUGAUCUAAUUCUUUUUGCUUAUCACCAUGGGAGUGCUUGCCUUCGUGAAGCAAUGGUUGGUGAUACACCUAUUGUUUGCCAUCACAUUUUUUACAUCCGGCUUGAUAAUAAAUUUCUUCCAAUGCAUUUUAUACUUUGGACUGAGGCCCUUUUCCAAGUACCUCUAUCGCAAGAUCAACUAUUAUCUCUGUUACUCCUUCUACUGUCAAUUAGUAUUUAUGGCAGAAUGGUGGGCAGGAGCGGACCUGGUAUUGUACAUAGAUAAGAAGGACUUUGAUAAAUAUUUCGGUAAUGAGCACGGUUACCUUUUAAUGAAUCACAGUUACGAAACCGAUUGGUUGAUAGGUUGGCUGCUAUGUGAUCGUGUGAGAUUGCUAGGUAAUUGCAAAGCUUAUGCUAAGAAGUCAAUACAGUAUAUUCCUACACUGGGAUGGGCGUGGAAAUUCGCUGAGAGUAUCUUCCUCGAGAGGAGUUGGGAGAAAGACAAGGAGAACAUUAAAAGUCAAAUCAAGGAGCUUGUCGAAUAUCCUGAUACAAUGUGGCUGCUGCUCUAUCCCGAGGGUACGCGCUUCACGCCGAAAAAACUAGAAGCUAGUCAGAAAUUUGCUAUCGAAAAGGGUCUGCCAGUAUUAAAAUAUCAUUUAACGCCACGCACAAAAGGUUUUACCGCCAGCAUUCCACAUAUGAGAGGCAAAGCAACGGCUAUUUAUGAUAUUCAAAUAGCGUUCAAGCCAUCUGAUCCCGUAAAGCCAACCAUGAGGAAUCUUCUCUUGGGGAAACGGCUACAGGGACAUAUGUAUGCUAAAAGAAUUCCUAUUGAGGAAGUGCCGGAGGGAGACGAAGCUGCUGCUGAAUGGCUGCAGAAGCUCUAUCAGCAAAAGGUAGUAUCAUUAAGUUUGCAUAUUUCUUUGAUUUAAGUAGAAAAUUGUACU